UACGCUCAAUGCGUUUUUUAAACGUGAAACGAUGUUUCACGCUGGUUUUUUUCAAACCAUGUUACAAAAAGCUGAUUAAUAAAAAGCAUUUCUUAAAUUCACGUAGAAUAGUCACAAAAACGUACCAUCGUAGAAAAGUUUUAGCAAGUCUUACUUUCUAAGUGUUCGUAUCUUUUACAUGUGAAUCAUAUUACAAGCUAGAUUUGAAGUUUCAAUUGUCUGUUCUAGCGCAUUUUUGACUUUUUUCGAUCUGAAAAGAAAGCUCGUUCGGUGCGUUGAAAAUACAAUUGUUACAAAAAAAUCAGAGUCUUAGUUGUUGGUGGCUGUCAUCAUUCAUUUUGUAUCGUACUGGUGUUUCAACGCCUAUAUUUGAACCCUUACUCCUCAAAACACCCCCGCAAGCUUUGCCUGGUAUAAAUUGAUAUUUGAUACCACUGAUUAGUUGACAUUAAUAAGUUAUCCCACAACGCCAAAUUAUCAUCAAAUUACCAACUUGGCUGUAAACUUCAGUACUUCAAUUCCGUUUAUCUAUCAGAUUACGAAAUGGCUUCAGAUAUAAAAUAUCGAUCAAAAAAGGAUGCGCACUACGAGAGUGUGAUUCGAGUGUUGGAAGAGGAGAAGGAUUUCUACAAGCAGGAGUACGAGAAGAUCAAACUGGGGGAGGCGAGGGCCAGAAGUCGAAGCAGAUCCUCCAGUCCAGUCAAGCAACACAACACAUCCACCACUUCUAACUCAGCGUCACAGUACAAACUCACGGUGUACGAGGAAGAGAUUUCCAAGUUGAAGAAGGAGCGUGUGGAAUUGCAGGGUAUGUUGGACAGAUUCGAGCGACACAUGCGUGAAAUACAGUCCAGUGUCAAACUACUCACCAACGAAAGAGACAAGACUCAGCAGCUAUACGAACAGGCUAACGAGGAGUUGUUGCGACUGCGUGGGGAGUUGGCCAAGGGUAGUAAGAACAGCAGACAGACAGUGGCUGCCCAGUCCAUUCUGCGGAGGGUGGAGGCAGAGAGAGAUGAGGCCAUCAAUGACUUGAGGAGAGCCAACAACGAGCGGGACACCCUGAGGGAAAAACUAAAAGUGGCUGCAAAUGCGCAUCUAACUGACAAGGCUUAUCUGGAGCAGGGUAUUGAAGAUCUCAGACACGAACUGGACCCGGUUUCACAGGAGAGGGACGACCUCCUCCAGCGAGUAGCCGAGAGCAGGAGUCACAUACACGACUUGGAACAUCAGGUGUCUUCUUGGGCUGAGAAAAUGAAAGUGGCUGACGCAGAUAUCGAAGACUACCAGUACCAAGUCAAUCAGCUCAGAUCCCUUCUGGAGAAAACAGAGGGCAACUUAUCGUCUACAACCGAAGCUCUGAACAAACGAAGUUCCGAGUCCAAUUCGUACCAGGAGAAAUGCGCUGAACAAGACCGACAAAUCCAGGGAUUAAUUGUAGAUCUGCACAAGGAAAAGGACUAUAGUGACAAAAUGAGAGCCCAGUGCGACCAUCUCUCGGCUGAGAAAGAGCAAUUGAAAGAUGAAAUCGAAGUGAGGCUGAACAAAAUCAGAAGUCUCACUGACGAACUGGAGUCAAAGAACCGUCACAUUUCUGGCUUGGAGCGAACUCUGGCCGACACUGAAGUGACUCUUAAACAUGUGAGCGACGAGAAAGGAAGUCGCGAGCGGGAGAUCAAAUCUCUAGAGAGACAACUGGAAGGGAGACUGUAUGAAGUGCAGGAGCUGAAGAGCAGUCGGGAUCUGCAGAACGAGGAGAUACGCAAAUUGCAAGGGGAUCUAAGUGAAAUUACUCACGAGUCGCAGAACUAUGCGAAGCAGCUGCAGGCGACCGAGGAAGAGAGAGACAACUACAGACAGAGACUGUACCAUUCCCAGGAGGAGAACUCCCGACAACAUGACGCCAACAACCACUUGGAACAGGAGAAGUCGCGUGUGGUGGAACUGUUGAGGAAACAAGAGGGGGAGAGUGCCAAGUGGGAGGGGGAGGCACAGGCACUCACGGCUGAGCUGCAGUCCCUCAGACUGGACCUGAUCAAUAGAGACGCCCUCAUCCGGCGGGAGGAGGAGAACUCCAACGAGUUGAACCAGCAACUGCAACAAAGCCGUGAGCUGACAGAGCAGCAGGAGUCGAUGCUCUCUCAGAAGAACAGUCAAAUUAGCCAUCUCGAGGACAAACUCAGAGCCUCCAAUGCGGACAAGGAGGCUGUGCUCUGCGACUUGGCUGCCGUGCGAGAGAUCUGUGUUAAACUGGACUCGGCCAAAGAUAAUCUAAGCCGAAUGCUUGCUAAGAAGAAUCUAGAAAACGAUCAGCUGAGCAACACUCUUGAGGACCAGAAGCAAGAGAUCGAUCUGCUCAGGCGACAGAUGGAGUCUGAGAAGACGACCAUCCGGAACCUUGAGGACUUACUGACUGCCAACAAGGAGUCCGAGUUCGCACUGGGUCUCGCAGUCCAGGAGAAGGAAGGAGAGAUCCAGCUGUUCAAGGAGCGAUUGGCACUAUCCGAGAGCAAAUGUUGUUCGCAGCAGCGGGAGAUCCAGAGUCUGCGCACAAGAGCGGGCACGAGUGAGGCGGAACUGGAGAGGAGUCGCAAACAACUCACUAGCGAGAGAUUCGAAAAGUGA